ACUUGAGGAUGCUUGUGGGAGAGCUGCAGAGGUGAGGACAAAGAGCUUGAGGGUACAGGACUGUUGGCUUAAAAAUGAGGCUCAUAACAGAACAGUUCUACCAGGAAUCAGGUCAGCCCUCGGAUUUCUUCACAGAAGAGGCUAUGACUGAAGAGCAGGCGGGGAUAUAAACAGCUGCCAUCCCUAUGAAGAAAUGCUUCACAACAGGAAUUUCAAAUUCCUGAGUCCACUGGAGGUGAUCCUUUGAUGCCUUUUGCCAGCCCUGAAAAGGACUCUUGAGAUUCAGCUCUGAUCAUGGUGUGCCCAUCUCUGGUUGAAGAACAAGUGGAUUAAAGGGAUGUCAGGACCACGGAAAACCAUGCUUGCUUUGGGCUGGAUAUUUCUUUGGCUUGUUGUAGGAGAAAGAAUUGAAGGAUUUGCUAUCUCAGAUUGCCCCACCAAAAAAAUUCUUCGGACAUAUUCUUCAGGGAGUGAGGAGGAGCUUGUCUUAUUUUGUGAUUUAAAAAAUUGCAAUGAUAAUAAGAACCUGUCUGAUGUCCAGUGGUAUCUACAACAUCCAAAUGGAACGGUGCUAGGGGAAAUUACCAAAAACUAUCCUCACAUCCUUCAAGAGAAGAGCCUUCAUUUUUCAACCACAGAGCUGAGUAAUUCUGGAUCAUACAUUUGUAGGCCCAGGAUGAGGAGUUCCCAGGAUGAGAACUGUUGUGUCAAGAUAGUCUUAGAGGUUAAGCCCAAGACAAAUGAAUCAUGUGCGAAUCCUGUAUCACAUAAGCAAGACCUUCUUCUUGGUGCAAUGGGCUCCAUUUCUUGCCCCUGUCUCCGCAACCAAAGAGAUGCUCCAGAACUGACCUGGUACCAGAAUGGAACACUGCUGCCUAAAAAAAGGAGCAAUCCACUCUCAGUGGAUGAGGUCUUUAUACAGGAUGGGGGCACCUACGUGUGUGAUUACACUCAGUCUGAUGAGACAAGUUCAUGGACAGUCAGAGCCGUUGUCCGAGUGAGAACCAUUGAGAAAGACACUAAUCACAAACCAGACAUUCUGGAUCCCAUCAGUGACACUCUGGAAGUAGAACUUGGAAAACCAUUAACUCUUAAUUGCACAGCACAAUUUGGCUUCGAAAAGGACUUUAAACCUGUGAUAAGAUGGUAUAUCAAAGAUUCUGACCAAGAAUGGGAAGUCCCAACACCUGAGGGGGAAAGGAUUGAAACCAAGAUAACAGAUGAAAAAAUUAAGCGAGUCAUCUUUUUGAAAGAGGUGACUCAGAGUGAUCUUCAUAAGAAAUUUAUUUGCUUUGCCCAGAACUCCAUAGGGAACACUACCCGGUCCAUCCAGCUGAAAGCAAAGAGAGGAGUGGUCUUCAUAUACAUCCUCCUCGGGACCACCAUGACCCUGGCAGGAGUGCUGAUGGGCUGUGCUCUCCUCUACAUGCACUGGAUUGAAAUAGUCCUGCUGUACCGAACCUACCAGAGCAAGGAUGAGACACUCAGAGAUAAAAAGGAAUUCGAUGCCUUCAUAUCCUAUGCAAAAUGCAGUUCUUUUGAGAGUGAGGCCGCUGUAUCUCUGAGUGAAGAAAACUUGGCUCUAAAUCUAUUCCCUGAAGUUUUGGAAAACAAAUAUGGAUAUAAUUUAUGUUUGCUUGAAAGAGAUGUGGCUCCCGGAGGAGUGUAUGCAGAAGACAUUGUGAGCAUUAUUAAGAAAAGUAGGAGAGGAAUAUUCAUCUUGAGCCCCAACUAUGUCAAUGGACCUGGUAUCUUUGAACUGCAAGCAGCUGUGAAUCUUGCCUUGGAUGAUCAAAUGCUGAAACUAAUUUUAAUUAAAUUCUGUUCCUUCCAAGAGCCAGAGGCUCUACCUCAUCUAGUGAAAAAAGCUCUCAGGGUUUUGCCCACAGUCACCUGGAAAGGCUUAAAAUCAAUUCCUUCAAAUUCUGGGUUCUGGACUCAAAUACGCUACCACAUGCCUGUGAAAAAAUCUAAAGGACUCACAUGGAGCCAACUAAGAAAUUCCGAGAUUUUUCUCUGGAAAAAACAGAGAAAAACAGAAACCACUGGGAGGAGCUCCCAGCCUAGGGAAUGAUGGGUGAGCCCUGAACUAUCUGCCUGCCAGUCCCUGGUGAGUGGAGACAUUGAUGGACAGACACACAGCGUUGAUGGAGCAGAUGUAAAAUGGAAAGUCUUCUGCUAGCCCUGAGCUAGCUCGACAGGCACUGGAUAACACUGAAGCUGUGGUCAGAACCUCGAACUUGGCAGAGGGAGAGUGAAUUCUCCACAUGCACAUAUGUGCAGUACACGGCGCCCUAAAAAUUUCCCAGUGAGCUGAGCAGAAGCAACAGAUUCAGCCACUUUUGCUUUUUGUAGCUAUGGACUAUCAAGUCUACUGUGUCUUUCACUGGAAACCUGUGAUUUAAACUUUGCCUGAAGCUUUCCUGUAAAGAAGACAAUUCUUACUCCAUGUUCCCCCAUUAACUGAAGCACAGAGGCAAGAAGACAAGGGGCAAAUGGGAACAUAUUUGGCCUCUGUUGUGUUCUUAUGGGAAGUGCCCAUCUGGGGGAUAAGGGCACUUAUCCCCUUGUGUGCUAAGACACAAGCCUGGGGGCGGGGAGCAGAGUAGGGCUCAGUUCAGUACUGCUCUUUCCCUUGGGCUGGGACAUUUGUGCAGGGCCUGAAGUAUACACUGGGGCCCUGGAAUUAGGGGCCAACUAGGCCAAGAUCAUUAGGUCAAUGAAGAGUCAAGUAAUGGCCUAGCAGUUACCUACAAAGUAGAGAGGAGGUGGUGAGAGUCAGCAGCCAAGGGAAGAGUCCAAGAAAUAAGUGUACACUGGUUAGAAGACAGCAAGAAUGGAGCUUGAGCAGAACCUUAGUCUGAGUCAGUUGCCCGUGUACCUCCUAACCCUGCUGGCUUCAGGGAAAGUCCUCUGAAGUAGCAGCGUGAUGUGCUGAAGUCCCACGGAGCUGUUCCUGAUAGACAGGGUUAAUUGGACUCUCAUAAUUUUGUUCUGUUUAUGAAAGUUCUAUCUGUAGGUAAAAUAACGUUCUGGUGAUUCAUGAAUGCAAAAACUUCAGACUGUCUCUUCCCUGAGAGAAUGGAAUGAUUCAUUGGAGCAAUAAAAAGUGACUUCUGGACUCAUUC